GUUUCCUCAUGACCUCUUUUAAAAAGCGCACACUCGCGAGAAGAUUCGCGAAGAGGGUCCUGCGGAAAGAUUAAAUCCAGGCUGCCUUCUCCGUGCUCCAGAGUUGCGGUGGACCCCAGAAUCGAAAGAGAGCCUGUGAACAUUGCAAAAUAUUCUCUGCACAAGGGGAGGGACUGUGCAAUUUUGUCAAGAUGAUGCCGCAACAAUGAGAUGGAGCGUCUCACCUCCUGUUGUUAAUUACCUGGCAUAGUUCACAGAGCUGAUCAACUUUGCAUGGUGUGUCCCACAGAGGAAGAGAGGAUGGUGGCAUUAGACACAUGCAGCCAGACCUCUGAGCCAGGGCUCUAGGAAUCUAGACAACCACAAGGACCAGAGAGCCUGCCUUCAAUCUGGAUUCAAGCAGAGACCUGGAGAAAAAAGACGUGGAGUCUUAGCAGCACGAAUUUCCUGAUCCAGCCCGUAAAGCUCAGGUUCCUACAGUUCUUCCUCCAGUUUUCUGAGGCACCCCGCAUGUCUCCCAGCUGGAUGCUUGGUUGACCCAGGUGCACGGUGCUGGUGCCACCUCUGGGCAGGACCCGGGAAGGUCAGAGCUUCCUUGUUUAGGGGCCAGAUGUUUCCUGGGUAAAGAAACUUCUGUUGGAGCAGAGGAAGAGGAAGAAGAUGAAAUUGAAAUGGAAGUUGAAGACCAGGAUAUCAAAGAACCCAAGAAACCAAACAUCAUAAAUUUUGACACUAGUUUGCCGACAUCACAUACAUACCUGGGCUCCGACAUGGAGGAGUUCCACGGCAGGACCCUGCACGACGACGACAGCUGCCCGGUGAUCCCAGUGCUGCCGCAGGUGGUGAUGACGCUGAUCCCCGGGCAGACCCUACCUCUCCAGCUCUUCAGCCCUCAGGAAGUCAGUAUGGUGCGGAACUUAAUUCAGAAGGACAGAACCUUCGCAGUGCUUGCAUACAGUAAUGUACAGGAAAGGGAAGCACAGUUUGGAACAACAGCAGAGAUAUAUGCCUACCGAGAAGAACAGGAUUUUGGGAUCGAGGUUGUGAAAGUGAAAGCAAUCGGAAGACAGAGAUUCAAAGUCCUUGAGAUCAGGACACAGUCAGACGGAAUCCAGCAGGCGAAGGUGCAGAUUCUUCCCGAGUGUGUGCUGCCUUCGACCAUGUCUGCAGUUCAAUUAGAAUCCCUCAAUAAGUGCCGGAUAUUUCCUUCAAAACCUGUCUCAUGGGAAGACCAGUGUUCAUAUAAAUGGUGGCAGAAAUACCAGAAGAGAAAGUUUCAUUGUGCAAAUUUGACUUCCUGGCCUCGCUGGCUGUAUUCCUUAUAUGAUGCUGAAACCUUAAUGGAUAGAAUCAAGAAACAGCUACGCGAAUGGGAUGAAAAUCUCAAAGAAGAUUCUCUUCCUUCAAAUCCAAUAGAUUUUUCUUACAGAGUAGCUGCUUGUCUUCCUAUUGAUGAUGUAUUACGAAUUCAGCUCCUUAAAAUCGGUAGUGCAAUCCAACGACUUCGCUGUGAACUAGACAUUAUGAAUAAAUGUACGUCACUUUGCUGUAAACAAUGUCAAGAAACAGAAAUAACAACCAAAAAUGAAAUAUUCAGUUUGUCUUUAUGUGGGCCGAUGGCAGCGUAUGUGAACCCUCACGGGUACGUGCACGAGACGCUUACCGUGUACAAGGCCUGCAACUUGAACCUGAUCGGCCGGCCUUCUACAGACCACAGCUGGUUUCCUGGGUAUGCCUGGACUAUUGCCCAGUGCAGGAUCUGUGCCAGCCAUAUUGGAUGGAAAUUUACAGCCACCAAAAAAGACAUGUCACCUCAAAAAUUCUGGGGUUUGACUCGAUCUGCUCUGUUGCCCACCAUCCCAGAUACGGAAGAUGACAUGAGCCCUGACAAAGUAAUACUCUGCUUAUAAAUGAAUACGGUAGGGAUAAGGUUACUUAACACAUUGGCAUUCUAACACCAGAUCUGCUUUGGAAAUUACUGCGUUUGAUGCAUACCUAAGUAAAAGCAACAUUACAUGGAAGGUUGCAGUUUCUUAGUCGAACAACAGGAUUUCAAGAUUUAAACUAAGAUGUUCUAUUGAAGAGGAUGAGAAGCAGUCUAGAAUACUUGGUUUUCAGGAAUACCUACUUUAGGAGCUUGGUGCUGUUGUCCUGUGGACUCUUGAUAUGCCUGGUAGUGUUAUCACUGAGCAGACAUGAAGACAUCUGUGAAACUGGUGAGCAUGCUUUCUGCAUAAAACAACUCUGAAAUUCCUAUCAAUUGCUGUAAUUAACGCAGUUCAUCAUUUAUUUGAUCCUGAUACAUGGAACAGAAUGGCGUGUUUGCAUCAGUGCUCCAAAGGGCAGACGUUCCAGAAGGGAGGGUGCCAAGCUCUAGUACUGUUCCUUUUUGAAAGAGGCGAGGAAAUGUGUAAAUGUUAAAAGGGCUGUGUUCCUUUAGUUUCUGAGAUACUGAUUUGUAAAUUUUGAAAAUAAAGAGUUAUAAUAUGCAGUUUGAGCCCCCAAAUAAAAGUUUUCCUAACAUGUUUGUUAGUGAAUUAGUAGUA